GGCGGCGGCCGCGGCGCCAGAGGAGAAGGAGGAGGAGGACGGAGAGGAAGAUGUCGUAAUGAGCGAGGCUGCAUCCGUCGGACGCGGUACCGGUCCGGCCGACGCGAGUGUUCCAGUGAGGGGCUUUCAACAGGGAUGGAUUCACCUUGGCUGGGGCGAUUGAUCACGAGACCAGCAUGGCCGCCACUGCCGCUGUCAGUCCCAGUGAAUACCUGCAACCAGCUGCCUCCGCUGCCCAGGACUCCCAGCCGUCUCCCCUAGCCCUGCUGGCCGCGACAUGUAGCAAGAUCGGCCCCCCUGCCGUGGAAGCCGCCGUGGCGCCCCCGGCCCCGCCGCAGCCCACGCCCCGGAAGCUGGUGCCCAUCAAGCCGGCCCCGCUGCCCCUGAGCCCCAGCAAGAGCGGCUUCGGGUUCCUGUCGUCCAAAGGCGGGCUGCUGCAGAUCCAGGGCUCCCCCCUGGGCUCCUCCUACCCCGGGGGCCAGCUGCUGCUGGCCAUCCAGAACCCGGCCGUGGUCGGCAAGGGGGCCCGCUCGGCCGCCAACGUCCAGUACCAGGCGGUGCCCCCGGGCCAGGCGCCCGGGACCCCGACCCUCCAGGUCCAGCCGAACCUCGCCAGCCAGAUCCAGAUCAUCCCGGGCCCGGGCCAGGCCCUGCUGGCCCCGUCGCCCGCCCCCCACAAGCCCGUGCCCAUCAAGCCGGCCCCCUCGCAGAAGGCCGGGGCGGCCCCCAUGCAGAGCCCCGGGGGCCUGGUGAAGCUGAGCGGGGGCGGCGCCAACGUGACCCUCACCCUGCCCGUCAACAGCCUGGUCGGGGCCGGGGAAGCCGCGGGGGCCCCGGGGGCCCCGGCCCAGCUGGGCCCCGAGGGCCCCGCGCCCCCGGCCGCCGCCCGAGCCGCCAAGAAGGCCCGGAAGAAGGCCCCGGCGGCCUCGCGGCCCGCGCCCGUGGCCGAGCAGGUUGAGACGGUGCUCAUCGAGACCACGGCCGACAACAUCAUCCAGGCGGGCGGCAACCUCCUCAUCGUGCAGAGCCCCGGGGCCGGCCAGCCCGCCGUGCUCCAGCAGGUCCAGGUGGUGUCCCCGAAGCUGGAGCAGCCGUCCCCGCCGCCGCCGCCGCCCCCGCCGCCCCCGCCCCCGCCGCCGCCGCCCCCGCCGGUGGUGCAGAUCCCCCAGCAGGCCCUGCGGGUGGUCCAGGCGGCCUCGGCCACGCUCCCCACCGUGCCCCAGAAGCCUUCCCAGAACUUCCAGAUCCAAGCGGCGGAGCCCAUACCGACUCAGGUGUAUAUCCGAACGCCUUCCGGCGAGCUGCAAACGGUGCUCCUCCAGGAGGCCCCCUCGGUGAGCGUGGCGGCCCCCCCCAGCACCCCGUGUGGCAGCCCGGCCGCCCGAGGCGCCCAGCCCGCCGGGGGCGGCAGGAAGCCCUCCGCCCCGGCCCGCAAAGAGCGCCCACUGCCAAAGAUCGCCCCGGCCGGGGGCAUCAUCAGCUUGAACGCCGCUCAGUUGGCCGCCGCCGCCCAGGCCAUGCAGACCAUCAACAUCAACGGCGUCCAGGUCCAAGGAGUGCCGGUCACCAUCACCAACACCGGCGGCCAGCAGCAGCUGACGGUCCAGAACGUGGCGGGCAACCACCUGACCAUCAGCGGCCUGAGCCCCACCCAGAUCCAGCUGCAGAUGGAGCAGGCGCUGGCGGGGGAGAUGCAGCCCGGGGAGAAGCGCCGCCGCAUGGCCUGCACCUGCCCCAACUGCAAGGAUGGGGAGCGGAGGUCCGGGGAGCAGGGGAAGAAGAAGCACAUCUGCCACAUCCCCGACUGCGGCAAGACCUUCCGCAAGACGUCGCUGCUGCGGGCCCACGUGCGGCUGCACACGGGAGAACGCCCCUUCGUCUGCAACUGGGUCUUCUGUGGGAAGCGCUUCACGCGCUCCGACGAGCUGCAGCGCCAUGCCAGGACCCACACAGGCGACAAGCGGUUUGAGUGUGCCCAGUGCCAGAAGCGCUUCAUGCGGAGCGACCACCUGACCAAACAUUACAAGACCCACCUGGUCACCAAGAACUUGUAAGCCCCCAGCCUCCGCCCGCGCCCGCCCUCCCCUCCCCUCUCCGGCCCCGCUCCCUCCCCUGCCAGGCCCCGGCCAGGGCGGGCGAGAUGUUCUACCCCAGGACGAGCGCGAGCCCUUAUUUCCAAAGGAAAAAACAAUGAAUUUCACUCCGUCGAGGAGAAAAAAAAUAAGAAAAAUCCCCUUCCCCCGGGGCAGGGGGGUCCCAGAGUAGCAAUACUCCCCCGCGCCCCUCCUCCUCCU